GUCAGGAGGGGAGAAGGAAGGAGAUGGCCGACUAAGAGCCAACCUUAUCUCUGCUACUUCGUCGGCGAGAUUCCUGUUAACAUAAAACAUUUUAACAGUUGCAGUGGGGGAAGAGGACAUUUGAAAUAUUUUGCCCCUCUUCCACAAUGGCAGAACAAAACAGUAACGUCAGAUAUCAGGAGCUGGUGAAUGAGGAGGAGCCAGCCCAGCCAUCCCAGGAGGGUCCUGCCCCGGACGCACCACCACCGUACAGCAGCAUUGCAGCAGCAAAUGCAGCGUUCUUUGAAUACAAGGAAGAUGGAGCAAGAUUUCCUAACCCUCCAUCUUACAGUGUUGCCACUACUCUGCCCUCCUAUGACGAAGCUGAGAGAAGCAAAGCAGAGGCUGCCAUCCCUCUGGUCACUGGAAGAGUCACGGAGGACGACUUUGUAGCCAGAGAUGACUUUGAAGACGCUGAUCAGCUGCGAAUAGGAAAUGACGGCAUCUUCAUGCUCACUUUCUUCAUGGCAUUCCUCUUCAACUGGAUCGGCUUCUUCUUGUCGUUCUGUUUGACCACGUCAGCUGCCGGCCGAUACGGGGCCAUCUCUGGCUUCGGCCUGUCCCUCAUCAAAUGGGUUCUCAUUGUCAGGUUUUCUACCUACUUCCCUGGUUACUUUGAUGGGCAGUACUGGUUGUGGUGGGUGUUCCUGGCCCUGGGCUUCAUGCUGUUCAUCAGGGGCUUUGUCAACUACUCCAGAGUGCGUAAACUGGCCGAUCCCACCUAUGCCACUCUUCCCCGAACAAGGGUACUCUUCAUCUAUUAGAGCUUGCCAUGACAUAAAUUCAAGAUGGUGGAUGUGGGAGAACUGGACAUGACCAACACAAGCAGCGACUCUGUGAAGAGUUUCAAAUUAAACUGAAGACACUUAACCAGAAAUCAGCCAGACGAGUUACAGAUGAAGAAAACUCUCAAUAAAAUAUUCAGGAAUUAUAUCAUUUGUUUUAUUUUUGCUUUGAAACUUUAUUAAUGGAAAAAGGUUAACAGUAAUAGUCCCUCAGUGUACUCAUUAGUGACGAAUGUUAAGUGCUAUUUACAUCUCAGUCUGUAAUGUAUAAGUAAUGCCUUAUAUCAUUUGAUGGUAGCAUACGAGCAUGCAUCUGCCCUUAGGGUCAAUAAAUAGGGAAAGCCUCAUGUUGGUGACACUUAUAGCCAACAGGUAUUUAUUAAUACAGCACUCUGUAGACUUGCCAUAGCAUGUAACACACUUUGUAAUCUACACUAAUCUCACUUCAUGGUUUUAUUGUGACUAUUCUAGGCUCUUUUUAGACACCACAUACACUUAAAAGCAAUUUUUUCAUUAGGCUGUAAAUGCUCAUAUUCGCAUUACCACAUGUAUCACUCACCUGUUGGCUUUAAGUAGUGUUGCCCUUUUUUUAACCAGAAGGGGGCAGUGUUGUUUUCUGCUUUUAAGAUAUUGGAAACUGUCCAUCAAGGGCAUUGUCAUAAUAUAACAUACAUGCUUGUGAUUCAAAUGCAGUGUCAGUGAAGCACACCGAAAUGACAUCCAUGUGUCAGAAGUUAUGAUUUUGCCUAUAAAUGUUUUGCUGUACAUUUACAUUUAAUCGGGUAAAACUAUCCAUCUUGGGAAAAAAAGAGUUUUAAGUUACAGAUAUGAUCUUAGAUGAUGCUGCAUUUUUUAACAAAGACAAGCUGCAACUAAAAACCAUAUAGCCACAAAUGUCAAGCGACAAUCCCCCCGCAGCAGCUCAGCUGACAGUGAGGGGACGCUGAAUUUUUGGACAGUGACAGAAACCGAGAUAAUUUUUCUGGGCGUAUGAGCACAUUUUGUGGUUCAUGGCCUUAUUUAGAUGUAACAGCGUGACCUUUGCAUUACUCUUCAGUGAGUCAGUGGAGUCGGCAUCACAUUGAAUGUCAGUGGAAAAGCUGUGUGAUUAUAGAAAAGAUUCUUUGGCUGUCUGGAUUUCAGCUGUUAACGAUCUCGCUGAAGCAUGUGGAUCACAUUAUCUAAGAGCAUAAAAAUAACUCAAAUUCCUUUUCCAAGUGGGGUUUUGCCAUAAGAUUUAAUUGACAGAUGGGGUAGGGAAAUCUUUUUUAUUUUUUUUCCUUUUUGGGGUGGGGGAAGGGUUAACACUUUUUUUUCUUCUUGAGGUGUAAAAUGUUAGCUAUCUUGUGGAACUAUGUCAAAGAAUGUUGUAUGCAGGUGCACUUUUAGAAACAUAACUGAUAAAACCCAGAGGACGUUCCCAUCAGGUCUCAGACAUAUAGAACAAGGAAUGAAUGAUGCAGCAGCAGUUCAGGAUUUUUCUUUAGUUUUAGAAUCUGGAGGAAUUGGCAUGUCAGGAUAAUACAGUUUUUCAUGAUUUAAUCAUUGUCAUCACUAGAAGGAGUUAAUGUCUAGCAAACUGAACUGUUUGCCUUAAACACUUAACUUAAUACUUCUGUCAUUGCUUUGAUACAGACCCAUUAUGCUUAUUUCUAUGUGAUGUUAGAGCUGCAACUUUGGGGUUUUGUUGUUAUGAAACUGUACAUAAAACGUUUAGUGUUAAAUAAAUGUCACUUUUAACGCGUCA